CUGCUUCCAUGCUGACGUUUGAUAAAAGGCGUGCAAUACAAAAACUAAAAUUAUGACCUCUAAACUAUUAAACUCUUUGUAAAGGUGUCUGUAGUGAGAACAAUGAACGCAUUUCUAUUUAAAUGACCUAUUUUCAUGUUCACAACUUUUUUUCUCUCGCCUUCAGGAUUCCAAGAGGCAACAUCCGUGUGGUUUCUUGUGAGGUAACGUAAAGGAAGAGAUUUAAUCGUCGAUUUUUUGUAGACUAAGCGAGAAUUUCAAACUGUGAAACAAUGUUGCAGUGGUGUUGUGGUCUCCCUCUGAGGACGAGCGUUAGUGGUUUCCACUGGCAACCGGACCCGUGCUCACGAGAACAGCAACUCGCGCAUCAUGAACAUCCAGAUAACAGAAGCAACAGAGAUGGGAGAUCACCGUGCAAAACUAGUUUUGCUUAGUUUGUUCUUAUCUUGAUGGGUUUUUUUCCGAGUAUUUCCUCCUGUUACAUACUUAGGUAGAACUUCGUUUUGUUGUACGAGCGGAUACGCCGUGUUGCCCCGGAAACCUUGAGCCGAGAGCAUUGAAUUACAAAAAUGGGGCCCAGGUUUUCUGUUCUCUGAACCUUCAGUUACAGAAAAUGACCUGACAGCGACCGUGUCGGUGACAUCACUGUGGGCAGGUGAAGAGAGAAAAACACAAAGAGAGGGCCUGUGGAUGAUCAUGACUGCUGUGGUUCGACCUGGCGUAAAUGUUUCAGAGCUCUGUGAGGAAGGAGACAAGUUCCUUGAGGCCGGUGAGCUCGGAAGGGCUACAUCUCUUUACAUGUCUGCCUUUAGGACUCAUGCCGCCUCAACUGUGUCCCACAUGAGGAACUUAAAGUCCGAUCUUGGUGGGGUGGUCGCCACUCUAGAAGGUUGGCUUGACAGUAACGAGGAGAAUCAGCCUACUGAGAGUCUUAAUAAAGGUCUUGCAGCAGUGUUCCUGUCCACGCUAUGUCCUAACAAUCUGUCAGCCACCAUUUUCAAAAUGGAGUCUCUCCUUCAGAGUGGCGGACAUGGCUGCGAGGAGAUUUUUGCUCGCUGCACUGCUCUGCUUGAUGGGAAGCGAAACCCUCAUCCACAAGGUACAACUGCCAUGAUUUUGGAAUUAACUCGUGCCCUGGCCUGCUUGUUCUCAGAGCCUCAUAGUAUCAAAGGGCUCAAGCUUUACCUCAAGGCUUACCAGAGUAACAAAUGUGAAACUGUCACCCUGGUUAAAAACAGACAAGCUCAGCACCUACCAAAAAUAGUGAGGUCCUUUACAGACCAAAUACUGAACAAGUACCCUUCGCUGAUGCUUGACAGCAACUCUGCAGUUACAGCAAAGGAAAAUGAUGAGCUAGAUAAAGAAGCUUCUUCUACAGUUAUUGAGUUUUUGAUGGCUAUAGCACCCAGUAAUAGGGAAGUUCACGAGCUUCAAGCCACAUAUUUAUUUUUGACAGGCAGAUUUGGGGACAGCGCAGAGGUGUACUCUGCUCUCUUGCAUCACGGUCAAUGUCAGAAAACGAUUAGUGCAGACAAGUCAUUCCAAGACACUCCUGAGAAGAGGGCUGCACUCCUAACCGGUCGAGCUGCUGCGUGUUUGUCAGCAGGUGGGCGAACUGCAGAGGCGUGCAGGGAUCUGGGUGAGGCAUUUGAGAUCCAUCCUGCCACUGCUCGACUUUAUUUCCAGAAGCUAUUCACAGAUCAAGGUACAGGGAUGGCUGCUCGCACCCAUCUUCGGCAGCAGGCAGAGAGAGGCUUGUCUGGUUAUAGAGAAAGGGUCCUCACCCGUUCAGACCUGCGGUCCACUGAAGGAGUUGAACUCCUGGACCCUGUGAUCACUCAGUUACGGACUCUGUGCCGUUUAGAGCCUGAUGGGGGAGGCAGAGAGUUGCGGGUACGACUCGCUGACUGUCUUCUCCUCAGAGGGGAACACAAAGAGGCUCUCUCUAUCUGUAGCCAGCUGGCUGCCGCGCAAGGUCAGCAGAGCUACCAAAACACAGUGCAGGUUCUUCGUGGAUAUGCACGACUUCUCUCUGAUGACCACAAGGGGGCAUUGGAAGACUUCCAGGCUGUAAUUGAACACAACGCCCCCCACCCAUCCAGCUGUGUGCGGGCACUAUGUGGUAGGGGCCUCCUGCGCAUGAUGGGUGGAUUAAACUACCUCACAGCUCUAGACUAUGUGACAGCCAGCAGGCUGCAGCCUCAGGAAACAGCACUGACUGUUCGCUGCUUGGUGCCAUGGAACUACCGGGGGCUGCUGUUCACUGUUUUACUGGAGCAGGGACGAGUCAUGCUGGAGGGGACUGGAGAACACGAAUCUAAAUCCAGUUCCAGUGAAAACUCCCUUCAGCACCAGCAGGGGGAUCAGCUGCAGGCCCCGUCAAAAAGAGACAACCACAGAUCAGGAAAUCCUGCCGGUGUCCAUUCCCUGGCUGUGCUGCUGAUGGAGCUCCAGCCCGGUGCUGAUGGGUGUCAGAUCCUGGCAGCAGAUGCCUUGUACCAGCUUGGCCGGGUGGAGGAGGCCUACCGGUUACUGCUAUCAGUUGGGCCCAGCAGUCCUCGGGCACCAGUUCUGGCUCGCCUCGCCCUGAUGCAGCUGCACAGAGGCUUUCUUUAUGAUACCAAUCAACUGCUGAAAAAGCUCAUUCAUUGUGGUGAUACAAGCUGCUUGUGCCCCCUGUUGGCUGUGGCACAACAGAAGGACCGGGCACUGCUGCAGGCGCACUGUCAUUCUGCUGCAAAACGCAUCCUGGAGGGCACACGAGAGGAGAGAGCUGUCAGGGAGGCUGUGGCAUAUCUCUCCAUCGCUAUCAUGGCCUCUGGUGGAGAGGGAGCAAACGCUUUGCUUGAAAGAGCAAGAUGUUAUGCCCUGCUGGGCCAAAGAAAGACAGCCAUCUUUGAUUUUAAUGCCAUUCUGAAGGAGCACCCAAAACAUGUUCAGGCCCUCUGUGGACGAGGCUUCACGUAUCUCAUGCUGAACCAACAAAAGGAGUGCACUCAUGAUAUCCUGGCAGCACUUCAGAUAAACACUGACAUAGUACUCAAAGACAUCCUGUCACUCAAGGACAAGGCACGAAAGCUGGUCUGUGAUUGGAUGCAUCAGUUCUGUCGAACCAAUCUGUCAGAUAUCCUGAUUGCUAAUGCUGUCCCCUGCCACGAAGAACAACUCAGAGAGGUUUUUAUAAUUGUUGGAGCUCUGAUGAGGACUGACUGCAGAGACCCCAGAUGGCAUCUCCUCUAUGUGGACACACUCUUAGCUAAAGGUGAUGUUAAGGCAGCAGGCGCUCAUCUGUGUCAGGUGUUUGGUCAGGAGCCAAGAGAUGCAGUUGCCCAGGCCAGGGUGGGUGUGGUGGAGGCCUGGCAACAGAACUACCACAGUGCAGCUCGCAGGCUCAGCAAGCUGACAGAGAAAGAUUCAUCCAGUCUGGGCCUCUUGCUGGCCCUGAUCCCAUUCAUUCAGCGAAAACGCAUGGCGCAGGCAGCAGCACAGGAGGCCAGCAGUGUGUCUUCAGGUGGCCAGUGGGAUCAGGCCGUCACACUCCUGACUGUGGCAGUAGAAGCAGUGGGCAAUCACAGAGUCCAGUAUCUUCGCCAGCGCGCCGCCUGUCUCGCUCAGCUGGGUUUACAUGAACGGGCCAUAGCUGACCUGGAUAAAGUUAUCCAGAGACACAGUGGAUCUGACUCCAGCUGCUCAGAGGACCCCCAAAUCUGGGUGGAGGACCUGUGUCGACGAGGCCGCAGCUUGGUGCUCUGUUCCAAAGAAGGAGCAGCUCUGGAGGACUUCACUCGGGCACUGGAGCUCCACAGCAACCGGGCCAUCCAGUGUGUGGAGGCUGGUCUGGGGAGGCAACGUCUGGCUGAGUGCUUCCUGCGGGGGGCGCUGCAGCAUUACGGGGAGCAGCAGCUCAGUAAAGCCUGGACUUUUAUUGAAUGUGGCCUUAUUGUGGACAGUGAGAACACAGAGCUUCGCAGACUUAGGGCAAGAGUCAAACGAGAAGUAGCCAGCCCCUGCAAUGUCAACUAGUACUUCUAGUCAGAAUCACACAGGGAGCAGGAGCUCCAGCUGAGCUUACAUAAUGAAGCUGUGCCAGUGCCCGUGCCUUCAGAUGUCGUACUGUGGAGUUCUUUGAGGACACAGAGCUUUGGU